AUGGCUCCCGCUUCCAGUUCCCUGUCGAAGAAGACGGGCAACAAGCUUCACAGAAAGAACCUAUACAUAAAGAGGAAAAUCGAAAACAAUUCGGAAAAGAGAGCAGCCAGGUUUCGACAAAAGAAAGAGGAGGCUCAAGAUCCCGAGGCUAGAAGAGAGCGACUAGCGAAGAAUGUUCCCUUGACGCUUGAUCGCAAGAGAGUAUGGGACAAUACCGACCAAGACGGCUUAUACUCGAGUGUCAACCUGGAGCAAUUGCUGAAGCGUCGCCGCGUGGAACAGGAAGAGUCUGAAGAGCGAGCUGCCUUGGAGGCUGAGAAGGCUGCAGAGGAUGACCAAGAUGACCAAGGCGAUGUCGACUCCAUGCUUGGAUCGGAUGACGAAGGUGAAGAAGAGGAGAACGAGGCAGCUGCACAAGCUCGUCUCCGGAGGGCCCUGAGAGAAGACAGUGUCGCCGUGUCCACAACGAGUACCAAUAUGGACCUCACACCGCAAGAUCUGAUAGACCGAUUCCCUUCCUUGUUUUCGGACGCAGCCUCGGAACCCAAGGUGCUCAUCACGACCGAUCGUAAUGCGACCAUUCACAAGGAAGCACAAGCAUUGGUUAACUUCUUUCCGAACGCUUCAUACAUUCCGCGAUCUUCCCACAAGUACGGCCACAAGUACUCUGUCCGGGAGAUUGCCAAGUUUGCGUCCAACCGUGGAUAUACUGCUAUUGUUGUAGCACGUGAGGAUCUGAAAAGAAUCCAUGGCUUAGACAUAGUACACUUGCCAAUAGGUCCGACGUUUCAUUUCAGCAUCAGUAAUUGGAUGGACGUGAAGAAAUUGCCGGGACAUGGUAACCCAACGAACCACUAUCCUGAGCUGUUACUCAACAAUUUCUCGACGCCCCUGGGAUUUCUCACAGCUACUCUUCUCAAAACUCUGUUCCCGCCCUCCCCUGAAAUACAGGGUCGACAGGUUGUCACUUUCCACAACCAGAGAGAUUAUAUCUUUGUUAGAAGACACCGGUACAUAUUCAGGGAGAAGAAAGCCACCGAGAAAUCUGUCGUCGGAGCCGACGGCAGAGAACUCAAGGGAGUCCAAGACAUCAGAGCUCCGAUCCAGGAACUGGGCCCUCGUUUCACACUCAAGCUGAGACGAAUCGACAAGGGCAUCGGCCGGGCCGGCAGCGAGGGGGAUGACGCCCUCCAGUGGCAAUGGAAGGCCAAGAUGGAGAAGCAGAGAACCCGGUUCAACCUCUAG